AUGGCGAUGACCAAGAACUUCCGGAUUUUCCACAAGCUCGAACCGCCUUACAGUGUUAUCGUGGAAAAUAGAAACAUUGAUGACACUUUGAUGUUCGAAUCGAACGCACUGGCCAUAUUGUCUGCUGCUGAAACUGAGACCAUAAAAAGACAGUACGUCAAGAUCGUUGAUGCCUACGGCUGUUUGGGUGUACUCAACCUUAACAUUGGUGAGGAAAACAUACUGUACCUGGUUUUGGUAACUGGAUGUUUGUCUGUCGGAAAGUUACUUGACUCUGAAAUAUUCCGCAUCACAACCACACAGUGUAUAUCUUUACGGAAUGGACAAGGAGAUGAAGACCGGGUGGCCGAAGUCAGAAAACUUCUCAACUCGGGAACAUUUUACUUUGCCUGGUCAUCAGCCGGAGUUCCCUGGGACCUGACCUUGUGUGCUCAAAGGAAGCUACAGGACCACACUACAGAUCACAGGUUCUUCUGGAACCGCAGGCUGCAUGUCCACUUUCAAAGGUUUGGUGUGGCCUGUGACCAGUGGCUGCUUAAGGCUAUUUGUGGAGGUGUAGAAAUACGGACAAUUUAUGCCUCGCACCGUCAAGCCAAAGCGUGCCUCAUAUCUCGGCUCAGCUGUGAGAGGGCUGGCACACGAUUUAAUGUCCGUGGAGCAAACGAUGAUGGACAUGUUGCAAAUUUUGUGGAAACAGAGCAGGUGAUAUUUCUAGAUGAACAUAUCUCCUCCUACAUACAGACUCGUGGCUCAGUCCCACUCUUCUGGGAACAACCAGGUAUACAGGUUGGAUCUCACAGAGUCAAAAUGUCACGUGGGCACGAGGCCUCAGCUCCAGCAUUUGAGCGCCACCUGGCGAUGUUAAAGAAGCUGUAUGGCGACCAAGUAAUUGUGAAUCUGCUGGGACAGAAGGAAGGGGAACAUAUGUUGAGUCAGGCGUUUUAUGCACAUCACAAAGCCUCCAGCUUUAGUCAAAUGAUGACGCUUAUCAUGUUCGAUUACCACAGCGAAUGCAGGGGAGGCAACUUCAAAAACCUUGAGAGACUCAAAUAUAACAUUGGAAAACAUUCAGUCAACUUUGACUUUUUCUAUAGUCAGGGAUCAGAUGUGCAAAAGUUUCAGAGUGGGACAGUGAGGACCAAUUGUUUAGACUGCCUGGACAGAACCAAUGCUGUACAAACCAUGCUGGCUCUGGAGAUGUUACCAAAGCAACUGGACAGCCUUGGUCUGGCAAACAAACCUCAGAUGGUGUCGCGGUUCAUAGAGAUCUACAAACAGAUUUGGCAUGUUAGUGGGGACCACAUAAGUAGAAUCUAUGCUGGUACAGGUGCACUCGGUGGAGGCAGGUCAAAGUAUUCAGACGCUGCUCGGUCAGCCACUCGCACCAUACAGAAUAAUUUUCUGGACAGUAGCAAGCAGGAAGCCAUGGAUAUGCUGCUGAUUGGUAGUUCUCUGAGAGGGGAGCUUGCUGAUAAAGUACGAGCCCUCCUUACCACCAGGAGUCUGCAUGGCCCAGCUAUGGUACUACAGUCCAUGGUAGAUCGUCACAAGGAGUUUACUAGUGUCAACAGUCUGCGCAUAUUUAUUGGAACCUGGAACGUGAAUGGAGGCAAACAUUUCCGUAGCAUUGCCUUCAAACACCAGUCUAUAUCUGACUGGUUACUUGAUGCUCCUAAGAUUGCUGCUGAGAAUCACCCAGAAUUGCUGACAGAAGGUGCAGACCUCAGUAAACCUGUGGAUAUAUUUGCUAUUGGCUUUGAGGAAAUGGUGGAUCUAAAUGCCAGUAAUAUAGUAAAAGUGAGUACUACAAAUGCAAGAGAAUGGCAGAAAGAACUACAGAAGGUCAUUUCACGGGACAACAAAUAUGUCAUACUGACCAGUGUCCAGUUAGUGGGAGUGGUGUUGUACGUCUUCAUUAGGCCACAUCUGGCACCAUGUAUCAGGGAUGUGGCAGUGGACCAGGUCAAGACUGGUAUGGGGGGUGCGGCCGGUAACAAAGGGGGUGUGGCCAUUCGCUUCCUCUAUAACAGCACGUCCAUGUGUUUUAUAUGUGCCCAUCUGGCUGCUGGUCAGUCACAGAUCAACGACCGUAACAACGACUUCCACGAGAUCGCCAGGAAGGCUGCGUUCCCUAUGGAGCAGUGCAUGGGUAAGACCAUUUCCUCACAUGACUAUCUGUUUUGGUGUGGGGACUUCAACUACAGAAUAGACCUGGCCAACGAAGAGGUGAAAAAACUUAUAGUGGAUCACAACUGGGGUGCCCUCGUGGAGUUUGAUCAGCUCAACAUACAGAGGAAGGAGGGAAAGGCAUUUGCAGGUUUCCAUGAGGGUCGAACAGAUUUUGCACCUACAUACAAGUAUGACCUGUUUUGUGACGACUAUGACACAAGUGAUAAGCACAGGACACCUGCAUGGACUGACCGCGUCUUGUGGCGUCGCAAACCCCUCAUCCGACACAAUGCCCAGUUGUUGGAGUCAGAGGAAAGCUGGAAUCAGGGGAGAUUACUCUUGUACGACAGGGCAGAACUACGCACCUCAGACCACAGACCAGUGUUGGCACUGCUGGAUAUAGACGUCCUGGAGGUCAAAGAAGAGAAGAAGGCCGAGACAUUCCGAGAGGUCAUCAGUCAACAGGGACCAUCAGACGGUACAGUCAUUGUGUCGACUGCGGACGGCGAGUUUGACGAUGACAUGGUAGACGCAAUUGUGGAGACAUUUACUGAACUAGGGGACAUAAUUCUGGUGCGGUUUGUGGAAGAAGACAUGUGGCUUAUCUUCAGACACGGACAGAGUGCUUUAGCUGCCCUCGGUUAUAACCAGCAACAGAUAGGGGGGAAACCAGUCACAUGUAGACUGAAAACUACAGACUGGAAAUCCCAGAUAGAACAGGAAAUGGCUCUUUGUUCGUCCAACAGUGAAGCCCUCUUUAACACCACAACCAACAGUCUUCUUGGUGAAGACUUCUGUCUACCUGCAAUGGACUUUGACUCAGAGGGUCUUCAGAUUGAUGAUGACGAUGAUGAGGAUCCGACCAAGGAAGUGCCCCUCGCUGUCCCAAUCAUACCCACUCUGUCGGGAGCUAUCACUCCCUCAGGAUCUGGUAGGAUCAGUCCCGCCCUGUCAGAUGAUGGCCUGCUGGAUGCACCAGCCCGUCCCCCAGCCCUGGAGAGACCUAAGCCUAUGGGAGGGACUGCACGCCCCACUGAACCGAGCAACCUCAUAGUACCAGAGAGUGAAAUCAAAAUUCGAGGGCCCCACUCACCCGAAACAAAGAAAAAAGUUCCACCACAGAGGCCCUCAGCCCCACCGACCAAGCCACCUCCCCCAAAGCGACCGGCUGGGGGCUUCCCAAAACCUGGAUCUUCUACGUCGGCAACAGUAGCUAACAACACCACAACCACCAACCAGUCCCCUAAAAGAUCUCAUCCUGUCCGACAGCCACUGGGAUCACGGACCAUCAAUAAAAUAAAAUCUAAUAAGAAAGACGCCAAGAUAUCUCAGAUUGGUCUUCCCACCAACGUUCAGCACCAUACUCAUGCCUCCAAUGUGGGGGAGGCUGAGGCAUUGAUAGAACAGCUGAUGGCGGGUGGUGAUCCAACCCUCCUACCCUCCCCAAUAAAACCAGGUGGUCAGAUACAACCCACACCUCCCAUACCCCGCAGUAGGACGAGUGAAACAGACCUUAACAAAAAUCCUUACCCCACUGCCUCUGCAUCAUUGGACCCUCCCAAACCUGUCCCCAGAGCACGAAGUUCCGGCAACAUUGCUGCCAAUGACAUGCUAAACAGGCCGCCACAGAAAGGAGAUAGUCCAGUCUUUGAGGCUUUAAACGGUCAGACUGAUCAGCCACAGACACGUUCCCGCCCUGUCCCUCGUCAGAGUUGUGUCGUAGCGGAUGGGGACAUCACUGUCCCUGUGGAGAGGACAGCACCACCACCUAUCCUACCAACCAGGCAGCAGAAUGGCGGUCAACCAGCUUCUGUGGGACAAAAUCCUUUCAGCAGCUCUUCUGGCUUUUCCUUGCUUGACAAACCAUUAUCACCAGAAAAAACCCAGGGGUCUGAGGUCGACCCAUUUGAUACAAGUAACAUUCCGUCACAAUUUCGACAAAACCAGACACCACUUUUCCCCCAGCAACAGUACAGUACCCCACCUACAGGAGAGUUUGUGAUGCAAGGAAAGACAACUCAUUCCCCAGACCCAUUUCAAACAGAUUUCAAUGCCGAGUCUCCACCAUGUCCGGAAUUUCAACCUCCAUCUAUGCCACCUCCAGAUUUGGGGUAUCCACCCCCUCCCCCACAAGAAGCCCCUCCACCACCCCCAAGAGAAGACUCUUUUGCUGACAAUUCCUUUGACAACAGUGGGCAAUAUGAGGAUGUUGACUUUGAUGCCCCUCCCCCCAGUAGUUUACCCCCAGGGUUGCCCCCACCCCCACCCCCUAGACCAGCUGUUGACAUAGCCCCUCCCACAAGUUUACCCCCUAUCCCUUCUAGACCCCCAGUGAUAGCUGAACCAGGAAACUUGCCUCCAGUUCCAGCCCGCCCCUCUUUAACCCCUACAGCUCCACCCCCUAACCUACCCCCUGUACCCAGCAGACCAAACCUUCCCCCGGUCCCCCCUCAAAUUUGACUUGAGCUAAAAAUUAGAUUCAGAAAAAGUUCAUACUUGUUCGUUUCUGUUUCUUUGCAUUGUCAGUAUUUAAAACAGCUAGAUGGUAUUCAUCAUGACAUAUGUUUGUGGAUUUUUGUAUAUUCUAUAAGUUUGAAGAAAAAGUUUUCCAUGAUAUAUGUAAAUGGAGGACUGAAAAAUUCUUUAUCAACAAAGUGGAGUUUAGUACUUGCAUGAAGUUUUCAGUUAAUCCCAUUUGUCAAGAGGAAUUUUGUCAUCCUCCGUAAAUACAUAUGGAAGUGUCUAUCGAUUUAUGCACAACAGUCACAUGGACAGUGACCGGAAAAUGUUUUUAUUUUUAUUUUGCCCUUUUGAACAAGAUGGGAAUUUUAGUGCAAUUUUAAUUGACCAAUGUUAGCAAGAGUAGGUUUUCGUGUAAAAGUUGUGUUGAUAUAUGUUGAUGUGAGAUUUGUUAUGAGAGAAUCUGAUCCUGUUAUGUAGGGUUGUAUUGAAUCAUUCCAACAGGUGUCAGUUACAAUCUGCUUCAGCCAGAAAACUUACUUUCCGUAUAGUUUACUCCUGUUCAACACUGCAUUACUUACAGAUAAUUGAUGUAUGGAUUUGGAAAGCAAAGUGUCCAUAAUAACAAGGUUUCAUGGUCUUCUUUUUCUUUUUUAAGUUUUCAUUGAAAUUUGUACUAUUUGUUUGUGGUUAUGCUAGUCCAUAGAUUAUAUGAUUGUGGAAUGAGAUAGGUGUGUAACAUUGUCCAUAUCAUUAUCUGUAUAACCAUGUAGUGUGAGGUGUCAGGUAUUUGUGUCAGGCUUGGCUAGUCAAUUUACUUCAUUGUCUGGAGAUAAAAUAUACCUGGAUAACUUCUGGUGAUGGAUACAGUGCUUAAAUUUUCUAACAUUUUGGCAUUUUUGUUAGGUGAGGUAAAUCAAAUCUUACCAUAUUUUACCGGCAAUAAGCCCCCCCCCCCUUCCCUAAGAAAAAAGAUAUGGGCCAAAAGGGUGGGGGGGGGGGGGGGUAAUUGCGAGCAACCCCCCCUGUUCACAUAAUUUCAACAUGGUCCGCCAUCUUGGAUUUUAUCUCACCUCUACUGUUGAGUGUCCAUUAAAUAUUUCAACAUAAAAAAGUUCAUGUUGUACAAAUAGGUUUUGAAGGGUUUGACAUGGUUGAUGUGGAAAUACUUCGGUGUAACAUAAUAUGUAACUUUCCAAUUAACGGCUUUGUGCCCUACGCAAACAGGAAAAAUAACGGCAGACCGAGGCGCACGUGUCGUCUGCAGGUGAGGCCGAAUUGGACAUUGACAUUGAUACGUUUUGAGUCGAUUUAUUGCUUCAAUAUUUUUAUCGAUUUAAUCAUAAACUAGACUCUGAAUAGUUUGAAUAAAACUUGAAACUUGAAUACGGCUUUGAACUCAACAUGUCAGCCUCAAAGUGUCACAGCGAUGCUAUUGUGAUUUCAGCGUGGGGUUUGUUGUGUCUAGAACCAAGAGUGUCUAAUCAGUGAUCACAAGUUGUUGUUAAAAUUGAACCGUACCUGUGGUCUAAUUAACCAAUUGUCAUUUUAUAAUUGCGUUGUUGUUUUUAUCAGUAUUGUAAAAUUUGAAAGGUGUUACACGACCUAAAUCUACCUGUUGAUGCAGAUUUUAAAGAAACAACACAGACACAAGUAAAUGUUUUUUAACUUUCGGUUUGUUUUUUCUCCAAACGACUUCACAUUUUUCACCUGCAAAAAGAUAGGAGUCCAACAAUUGGUUAUAAUCAAAACAUCCUUUUUUUAAAGGGGGCUUAAUUUGAUCCUUUACAAAAUUGUAUAUUUCAUCAUAAAGAUAAAAUUAAUCUUGUUUGAAGUUGGAGCCGUAGACAUAAUUUGUGACAAAAUUACAGCAAAAACUGUCUAAUCUGACAUCAUCUGGUAUCUACUGUGAAACCUGUCUAAUCCGACACUGGUGUAUCUACUGUGAAACUUGUCUAAUAUGACACCCUAGAGUAUCUACUGUGAAACCUGUCUAAGCUGACACCCUCUGGUACAUACUGUGAAACCUGACUAAACUGACACCCUCUGGUAUAUAUACUGUGAAACCUGACUAAUCUGACACCCUCUGGUAUCUACUGUGAAACCUGUCUAAUCGUAGAGUCUUAAUAAAUAAGUGAACCCUUGUUGACACCUCAAGUCCGGUCAGGUAUUUUUUUAUUCUCGGAUAUACGUACAUGUUAACUUAUUUAUUGAGUUAUCAUGAAAUAAAUGCAUGUUUUUAAAACCUAGACACAUUCCAAUGCUGUUAUUGUUUGUAGUGCUGGUUUACUGUUUGUAAUAGACAGGGUAUUGUCUGUAGUAUACAGAUACCCUUACCAGUUUGACAUUUUAACGUGAUUUUUGAAUUGCUUGAUUUUGUAUCAAAAUAUUUUUAUGUGCUGUAAACUAUUUUGUAUCAAAAUAUUGUUAUCUAUGCUGUUUUGGUUAUUUAUUUGUGUUUUGUAGGGUAAAUGGUUCUGGUCAUGCCUUUGUUAACCGGUGACUGCAUUGGUACUCUGUUGUUGACCUUUCUAAAUACAUAGUGAAAUUAUGUUGUCACAUAUUGAGAUUAUCAAUUGUAUCAAUCACCAAAGUCUUAUAUGGAAAAAAAUGAAAAUGUGAACAAUGAUGCUAACAAACGUUACCAAUUAUUUAGAUCCCACUACCCAUAUAUAUAUAUAUAUAUAUGUAACAGGACAU